UGGCCACAGGAGCCUAAAAAGAGGCGGACAGCUGGUCCGCAUAAUGAAAAAUAGCACCCCCUCAAGUGUGGGUUUUUCAUGUUUAAAUUAACACAGGUACUUAAAGAUUCUCUUCGGUGUGUUGUGUAGUCGUGAUCCAUCAGAAGAAAAAACCCCAAGGAGCGAGGAUGUUGGUCCCCGCGGGAAGAUAAUGAAGAGACUGCGCGUUUUGUUGGUGUGCCUCAUUGUAGCUCUCCUGUGCUGGUACCCUAGUCAACAUGUCUAUUGUUCAGAGCAGAGCUUGUCCGGCUCAGGUCAGUCUCGACAGGAGAAAGAUCCCGAUGGCCUCGAGCAGGAGCAGGACUCCACGCAAAACAAGGUGGUGGAAGAAUGGAAGACACACACAUCAUACGAUAUGGGGCUAGAGACCGAGAGAGCAGCACGAGAGAAACUACAAAAACAGAGCAUACACCAUGAAGAGACUGUGAAGCCACAAGAAGCUGGAGAGGAAGAGACAAAGCUAGAUCCAGAGUCAGAUACUGUACCUGUUGCCCCUGAGCCAGAACCUACCCCAGAUCCCCAGGCUGACUUGGGCCUGCAGAUUCACACACAGGACCACGACCAUGAUGCCCCAGUGCUCGCCACUCCAGAACCAGUUCCAGCACAGGGCCAAGUGACCACAGAUACCCCAGCAGAGAUUUCAAGUGAACCAAUUCCCAGUCUAGACUCAAACCCAGACACAUCCCCCGAUGAAGCUGAAAACAAACCUACCUCACAGAGUGCUGGGCUGACCCACACAGGUGCAGUGCGGGUUGCCAGUGCAGGAGAUGAAUUCCCAGUAGACAGCUUUGUCUUUGCUGAGCACUCUGAUUCACAGUGCGGGGUCAUUCCCCCCGAACUGGCAACCUGUGAAAGCUCCCCUUUUGGCAGCCCUCUCCUCAGCAUGGAUGAGGCUGUCACAGAGGACCAGCAGACAGAUCAGAGGCACAGCUCUGUUCCUGAAACAGAAAUUCAGUCCACCUCAGGCCUAGUGGACCAGGAACAAGAGCAGCGUGGGGUGCUGGAAGAUGGGCUGUCUGUUUUGGACCAAGUGGGCAACACCUCACACCACCAACACAAAGAACAGCAGACAGGGGAAACAAACAAUGCCAGGGAGACUGAUCCCUCUGUGCCCAGCAAAGAGGACAUCCCUACCUUUGAUGAAUGGAAGAAGCAAGUCAUGGAGGUGGAAAAGGAGAAAAGUCAGUCUCUCCAUACCUCAACCAGCAGCAGCCCCCAUCCAACAAAGAAGGUCCAGAAAAACUUCAAGAAUAACUACGCUUCUGUAGAGUGUGGAGCCAAGAUACUCUCUGCCAACAGUGAGGCCAAGAGCACGUCUGCUAUUCUCAUGGAGAAUAUGGACUUAUACAUGCUAAAUCCAUGCAGCAACAAAAUUUGGUUUGUGAUAGAACUCUGUGAGCCUAUUCAAGUAAAGCAGCUGGACAUUGCAAACUUUGAGCUUUUCUCAUCUACACCCAAAGACUUUCUAGUUUCCAUCAGUGACAGAUAUCCUACCAACAAGUGGGUAAAGCUGGGAACUUUCCAUGCUCGUGAUGAACGGAUAGUCCAGAGCUUCCCACUAGAUGAACAGCUUUAUGCUAAAUAUGUGAAGAUGUUCAUCAAGUACAUAAAGGUUGAACUUCUCUCUCACUUUGGAUCUGAACACUUCUGUCCCCUCAGUCUUAUCAGGGUGUUUGGUACCAGCAUGGUGGAGGAGUAUGAGGAGAUAGCAGAUUCUCAGUACCCCUCAGAGAGACUUGAGUAUUUGGAUGAGGACUAUGACUAUCCUCCUGGCUACCAACCAAUAGAAGACAAGGCCUCCAAAAACCUGCUUGGUUCAGCAACCAAUGCCAUCCUAAACAUGGUAAACAACAUUGCUGCUAAUGUGCUGGGAGGAAAGCCAGAGCUGGAGAGUGGAGCAGAAACAGGAGGUAACGCAACAACAGAGGGGGGUGAAAAGGAGAGCGCAGAGUCAGCUAAACCAACUGAGGCCCUACACACAGUACUGCAACCUUCAAAGCCAGAACAACCUACAACAGAAGAGGUCUCUGUCUCUAGUGACUCCUCCACAUCUUCCCACUCAUCAUCUGAUCCACAUAAGGAUGUGGAUAAGAUUGUCACUCUAGUAGAGGAGGAGGAAGAGGAUGAGGAGAUCAGACUGUCAACUGUUACUCUAUUGGAGGAGGAGGGAGAGGAUGAUGAAGAAGGGGAAAAGAGCGAGGAGGAGAUGAGGAAGGAGGCAGACAGGAACCAGUGGGAGAGCCAGGCUUACUGUCCUUUCACCUCCUUCUCCUCCCUCUCUCUGUCUUGCAUGGUCACCCUGCCUGAGCUGCUCCAUCGCUGGUGCUCUGCCAGGCUGGCCAAGGAGAGACUGCGCAGCCUUAAGAAGAGGCAGCUUAGCACUCAAACACAGACUCACAGAACUGUGAGCACACCUGUCCUCACACACACACCUCCACUGAUUCCUAUUCCUGCCCCCACACCUAUCCAAGAACCCCUCCCUCUCACAGAAAAAGCUCCAGAACUCGAGGUGCCUGAGAAGGGGCAAAAUGAGUGCAAAGCUCUCAGUGAGGCGUACACCACUGACACACCUCUCAGCACUGACACACCUGAUUCAUACACUCCCGAGCUCAACAUCCUCCUAGAGCCCAGUAGAACCUCCACCAUCCCCCCUCAGAGUUUCUCAGACAGCCACAGCUCCCUAACGCAGCCUACCCCAACCCCUGAGGAGAACUUGUUACCUUUAGUUAAAGACGCAACCCUAGAUCCUGUCCCCACUCCUCCCCUCCAAGCUGUCUCUAUCCCAAAGACGCAGCACGCCAGCAGCGUCACCCCCACGCUUUCUGCCAGCACUCCCCCGUUAUCUCCAUCUUCUGAGACGGCUUCUCCUGUCGUCGUGGUUCCUCCUGUCAAAGAUCAGCCUGUUCAGCCUCUUCCCACUGCUUCAAGACCUGAGGAUUUUAUCUCCCCUCCCACUGAGCUGCCAGCAGCUUUGCCUUCAAGUGACAUUCACACAGACUCAGUUAAGUCAGGCGUAGACAGUGGGGACUCGCAGAGACAAAAUGUUCAGGCUUCCCAGACCCAGGGGGAGCAGGCUGAUUCACUUCCUCAGACAGGAGAGCCUCAUCGGGUGGAAGAGACUGUAGAAGAGGAACUGCUGAGUGCUAGUGGGAAUGGCAACGCUCAGCGGACGGCUACAGACUUCUAUGCAGAGCUGCAGAACGGUGGAGAUUAUAAUGGUGGAGCAGUGAAUGGGAACAGCGUGUUAGUUAACGGAGGCGCAGUCCACGGAUCCAGCCAGAAAGAGAGUGUGUUCAUGAGGCUGAACAACAGGAUCAAAGCUCUGGAGAUGAACAUGAGUCUGUCCAGCAGAUACUUGGAGGAACUCAGCCAGAGAUAUCGUAAACAGAUGGAAGAGAUGCAGAAAGCGUUCAAUAAGACCAUCAUCAAGCUGCAAAACACCUCCCGUAUUGCUGAGGAACAGGACCAGAAGCAGACAGAGUCCAUCCAAGUCCUACAGAGCCAGUUGGAAAACGUCACUAAACUGAUGCUCAAUCUCACAGCUACAGUCAGCGAGCUGCAGAGAGAGGUAUCGGACCGUCAGAGCUACCUGGUGGUCUCUCUGGUUCUGUGUCUAUUUCUGGGGAUCCUGCUGUGUCUGCAGUGCUGCCGCAGCUCGACCCCCAGCCCCAGCACCAACUCUACUGCUCUUCCCAAGAGCAACCACUACCCCAGCCCCAAGAGAUGCUUCUCCUCUUACGAUGACAUGAGCCUGAAGCGCAGGGUGACCUGCCCGCUUGUUCGCUCCAAGUCGUUUCACCUGUCCUCUACAGAAGCAUUGAGAUCUGACACUACAGUCACGCUGCAAACAUCAUCCUCGAUUUUUGUGCUAAAUCUUGUUUUAACAACAAGCUAUUACUACAAUAUGGAUUUAUGCCUUUUCAUCUUUAAAACUACUUGCAAGGUCGCUUCAUGCUUAUUACAUAAAAAACGCUGCAAGGCAAAGUCUUUGGACAAAGUUGAGACUCUGAAGGCAUUCGAUCCUUCUGCUCUCCUCACUAACGGGGAUCCCAAGUUUAACGGCUUCCACCCGUGUCUCCCUGCGCCACCAUCCUCAACACCCUCAACACGCCCCCUAUCUCUUCCUCCUCCUCCACCUCCUCCUCCCUUGCCUCCUCCCCCUUCAACACCCCAGGAGGGCCCAUUAUUGUCCCGUCGCGCCUCUAAGGAGUUCCCCUCAGAGACUAGCAGCUGCAGCUCGUCCACCCAUUCUGAGGAGUCGUACGCUAGCCGGCUCCCCCCUCCCUCUCCCGUCUUCCCCGCUGAUGGCGUGUGCAACGGCCACGGCCUUUCUUUCCCCCUCAGCCAGCCGGUUGCUAAGUCCCGUCAGGAGAAGCGCUCAACGAAGCGGCGGAAGUCUCGACAGACCGAGCUGCAGUUCCCGCACAUGCCAGUGGGCGGCGUUGGUUCUCUGCCCAGCCUGCAGCAGCUUAUGAAGGGAAACAAGGAGAUGAGUGUCGGGACCAUCGGGGUGACAGCCGUCACCGGACAUGUCUGAAUCCUCACGCGUCACCUUUACACGAUUAUCUGCUCACACCUGUGCACACACUACACGGUAGCAGACAUGACAGACAGAAGAGGUCUUACCACAUCCCAAAGAACCACAUUUCCCAUGAGCACCCAGGCGCACCGUGGAACUGAAUUGGCUAUGGCAGCAGUAGCUCAACAUCAUUCAGUUCUUAUUCACUCCUGUCAAAGACCCGUUUACGGUUAUGUGCCUUUAUAUCUGUUCUAGACCUUCUAACUCUUAAAAAUAUGAAAUGUAAACAGUUGUUGAUGUGCACAAAAAGACACUGUGAUAGGAAGUGAAACACCAGGAAGAGUCAAAACUUUCGAAGUGUGUUUGAGAGAUUUUAUUUUAUUUUCAUUUUUCUACUGGAUAAGCACAUUUACCCAUGAAAGUGGAGCACCAGUGAAUUCAUUUCCCCACUCUGAGCACAGUGAGGAGAGGUGCUGGUCUCAACUCCGUGUUCCUUGAAAAGUAUUAGGCUGCUCUUUGGGAUGAAAUAUGUCAUUAUAAGAGGACUGUGGAGCAUGACAAAUGACUUCUCUUAUCCUUAUUUCCUCCUGUCUUUCAUUGCCAUCAUUUAACCUUUUCCAUCCUGCCUUAGUCUCUAAAUGACUGCAGGUGUUUGUUUGGGACCAGUGGGUAAAACCGUCUCAUUCUCGCCUUCUGUCUCUGUCAGUUUGUUCCAAACCAACCACGAGAGCUGAAUGAAGAAAAGUCUACAUGAAUGUAUUAGCCCUUUUCUUUUCUUUUUUUAAGUGUCUCAUUUAACUUCAUAAAACAAAUACAGUAGCAGCAGUCCAGCUCCUGUAGAGCCUGCUCAGUUUGGGCUGGGCCCAAAAACGCUGUCACAUUAGAUUUUGUAACUGUGAUAAAACAGCUCAGAGGCAAGAAGCUGUAGUAUAAUUGUUUCAUUACUUUUAUAGUUCUUUCAUUUGUAACUGAGCCAUGUUUCUCUUAGCAUUGCUGGUUCAGCUUGUUUGAGUUGCUGUCAGAGCCAGUAUGGGGCAAAGUGUUUCCUGUUAAGGGCACAAUUUACUGUAGGGUAACCUUGGGUAACAGAGCUGAAUGUUUACACACACGCACACCCUCUCGUGGACCUUGCAGAUGGGUCUGACAGAUCAGCUUUAUUUAUCUAUUUAUUUAUUUAAAUGAACAGAGAAUUUUCUAACCUAGUUGCUGGUUUGCCAGUCUCCCAGUCUUGCAGCGUCACAGUGGCUCAAUGCAAGUUUGUUACAUAGAAUUACUACUCAGUGGUACUGACACAUACAGUCAUGGUGGAUGGCUCAAACACAUUUGCUUUCUUUCGUUUUCUUACCUUAUAACAACUUCUAAUUGUACUUGGCUCAGCCUGAAAUAUCGGACAGUAAUCGCAUUUUAUAUCCAACAAAAUAACAGUUAAAGGCUACAUGUAUGUUAGGAACACGCUGCUGCUUUUGUGUGUGUUCAGAGCUGCUGGAAAGUUGGAGAUGCUUUUAUUUAAAAAAAAAAAAAAAGAGGCUAUAAUAUGACUGUAGUACUGUGCUGUCUUCUGUCUGCCUUUUCAGCAUCUCUGCUGGAUUAGCUAACUGAUUUUAUGUUACCCUGGCUGUUUUGUUAAUGUAUAUUCAAUAUAACCAUUCAGCAAAAACACUGCAGGCAGCUGCAGAUUUGAAAGGAAGAUAUUUGUUUUUGUUUACUUUUAAAGAAUAAAUUUAGCUGGGGUUUUUUUAUUCCCCCUUCUAUUUAUGCAAUUUCAUAGAGGUUCUGCAUGGUUGGUGUUGGACGUCUUGACAGACAGAAUUUUCUUCUAAUGCUACCAUCCCAUAUGAGUGUCAUUACCUGUUCUGACCAGCUUCUACUGCUCUUCUUUCCUUACAUAUCUUUAUCCAGAAAUGUCACCUCUGACCCCCUGUGCACGACUUCUGUCUGUGACUGUGAAGAAAACUUUAAAUAUGCCUGCUUUGAUUAACCACUCUACCAUGUUCCUAUUGGCUUCAAAUGCUUUUUCAUUCUGCUUGCCUGCUUUUCUGUCUAGCUUUUUUUUUUUUUCUUGUGCAUUCUUACUGUGGCCGUACACUCCUUUUAAGUCUUUUAUUUGCUUGUCAUCGCUCUUUGAUGUCACGUGUUUGCCCCACAUCGAAUGACAACGGUCGUUUGUGAGGAAGAAAUGAAUUGUUGCUGAAUAAAAGGGAACGCAGUAAAGAUUAAUCCAAUUCAGAACACUAUUAAUGUGAUUACUUAUGUUCCAAGAGCCGAGCAAAUCCAGAGGGUGUUUUUUUGUUUGUUUUUUAAAUCCCUGUUUGAAUGUGUAAUAUGUUUGUGUGUAAACCUGUACGCAUGCGAGAUUUUUUUUUUUUUUUUUUUUCUUGUCUCGUGUGUGUGCGUGCGUGUGUCUGUGUUAUGAAAAAGACUACUUUAAAUCGAUUUAAACACAUAACACAGCAAACAACAAGAAAGCACUUGGAGAGAAAUUCUAAAUGGUCAGUGUGCACUUUGUAUGACUCCUUAUGCCUUUUUGUUUUUCUACCCUUUAUGUCAAGUGCUACCUUCUCUCUAUCCCUCUCUCUCGCCCUCUCUUUGUCUCUGUGAGUACGCUGAAGAGCUGCACAGUAUUUUUGAGCAGGAGUGAGUUACUACAAAAAACUGUAGUGCCAUUAGAAACUGUGAAUUCUUUCUAAAUAAAAUGUUUUUGUUUCUUUUUGUCUUUCA